AUGCUUGUCGAGAAACGAAUAGAAUAUAUGAAAUUUCAAACUCUGAUAAGGCGAUUGCUUUUGGUUAUUGGAUUCUGGUCAUCAAAAAAUUCAAAUAUAUUAUUUCAAUCAUUAUUAUUCUUACACCUGUCCUUUUUCAUAAUACCAAUUAUUGGGAUAUUAUGUUUCAUUAUCAAUCGUAAAGAUAUUAAUGACCUGCAUACAAUUCUCGAUCCAUAUAUCGAUGAACUAAUAAAAAAAUCUGGGCUAUCGAAUAUUAUUUUAAAUGGAAUUACAAGUUUUCGACGUUUGUGUAAAAUUGCAACGGGUUUUGUUACUAUAUCUUGCACUUCUUACGCGAUAGCGCCUAUUAUUUCAAUAAUUAGCCAAUGGAGACAUCAUAUACGGCCUAUUAAAUAUAAUCUUAUUUAUCCAACUGAUUAUCCUUGGGAACACCCUCCCAGUGGACUCUUGUACAAUUGUCAUUUUUUGAAUGAAUAUCUAACAACAUUUAGUAUUAUUUCGGUAACUGCAAGUAUAGAUAGUCUUUUUGUUUAUUAUGUGUUUCAAAUAAUCGGUAUGAUACGUGAUAUUUCGCACCACAUGUCAUGUUUUAAUGAGGAAAAUAGUGAAGCAACCAUACGUCAUUGUGUACUCCAAUAUGAAAUAUUGAUAGAAUGUCGGAGGAAAAUUGAAAAAGUUUAUGGACCAAUUAUACUUUGGUCUAUGGGCACCAAUGCAAUCAUACUCUGUGCUGUUAUUUUUCAACUGUCUCAUGCAAAAUCUAUACCAUUCACUGUAAUGGUUUUGUGUGCAGCAUAUGCUGGAUUAAAAUUAACACAAAUUUUUAUUUUCGCAUGGGCUGGAUCGCAACUAACAACUGAGAGUGAAAAUUUAAUAGACACUAUAUAUGCCGCCAAUUGGUUUGGAAAUAAACGUACUAUGACUUCAAUAAUAAUUAUGCUUUCACAAAAACCACUGGUAUUAACAGCUUGCAGCUUAUCAACCGUAUCAAUCGAUAUGUUUGUAUCAGUGAUAAAUACGACAAUCUCUUAUUAUUUAUUACUAAAAACUUUUGAUCCCGAUUCUUGA